GUGACGACUUCCUUGGCAACGAGAAGCUUGUCCUGCGGCGUAUUUAUGUAUAGCAUAUUGCUAAAUGCACCCAUUGAAAGAUGCUUCUAAUUCGCUUAUUUCCCUUUAAAGUUAUUUUGUUUUAUUAGAGGUAUUGUAAAAACACAAUGAUGGAAAUUAAGUUGUAACAAGCGACGUAGGAGAGAUAAUACGGGCUAAAUGUCAAGUUGACAUAAGCUAUGUUGCUAAUGCUAAUCAGCUAGCCAUAACGCUUCUUCGCUCUGUUGAAAGCAACAUGUCUCUUUGACGAAAUGAAUUCCCGCCAGUGGUGUCGUGCCGUCCAGAUAUAUCUCGUCUUGUGUGGUCGUUUGGCAAACGCAGCCACAGAGUCAGGGGUCACCUCAACCGUUAACUCUACCGGAGAGGCUGUGAGCUCACCGACCCCUGCUCCGGGGGGUACAGAGGCUGUGGACUCAGCCAGUGUUGGCCCCACUGAGGCAGCUGCCCUCAACUUCACUCAGGACUCUCCAAACACGACGCUGGCUGUGUCUGAAGCUCCCACUGUGGCCACUGAAGAGCCCCCUGCAACCACCGCGAAACCCCUGGUGACUUCAGAGGGUUGUCUCUGUGAUUUAACCCCUGAUUUCUGCGACAUUGGCUGCUGUUGUGACGCGGUUGAUUGUGGUAUCGCAAACUUGAGCACCGUCUUCACUGGAUGUCCACAGAUAUCCAUAUCAGGAGUCUGCAUUGAGAAAUGGCUGAUGUUCAGGGCCAACGUGGAUUCGUCUCUCAUCACUGUGACCGAUUCCUUGUUUUGUGUCCGGACCGAAGAAAAAGCCCCCCAGUCCCUACCAGCUCUCCCUCAGUAUCCAGCCUUAGGGGACUCGUACCACUUCUCACCCCCAGCACCUACAAGCAUUGGACACAGCAGAGGUUUCUACAGGGUCGAUGAUGUCAUCCAGACAUACUUCUCCAGCUCGUCUGUGCGGGGCCUCCUUCGUCAACCAUCUCCAGGUGCUGCUGCUGCAUUCUGUGUCAAUCGCAACCCUGCAAAGUUCAUGAGGUCUGUGUCUUUGUCUUGUGUGCGCAUGUUAACUCCUCAGUCAUGCACCACAGACCCAAGUCUCAGCGCCCUCUCCUACUUCUCCGACCUGAGUCUGAUCAAGGUUCCAGUAGUGGAGACGGCGCUAGUGUCAGACUUUCUGGUCCCAGUUACCCCGCUGUCUGAAUGGCCGGAACCAAGCAAACAAAACAACUCUUGUGUCAAUGUGGUGAAAAAGGUGGAGUUCAUCAUAGGAUACAACAGCAGAGGAGAGCUCAUGAAUGCAACGGUGAACAUGGUCUUAGCUAAUGUGGAUCCAAGUCAGUUGCUGUUGCAGACACACUCUGUACAGUUCCAGCUGGUGACAUCCAGUCCCUCUUCAAGGGGACCGGUUCCUUCAGUUGGACUCAGAGCUGGAUCUCCAGUCAUUGGUCGCUUUGCUGGAGAAGUGAAGCCUCUGAGGACAAUGGGGGUGUCACCAAGUGGGGAGUGUUCCUCUGACACCAGCAGGCGAGCACCCAUCCUCUUCACACACAACACCAUCACUGGUUGCACAUUCAGGUCCCCGUCUGGUGACUGCUCAGAGCUGCGAUCCCAGAUUUAUGGGAUCUUGCAGGGACUCGCUACGCCUGAUGUGAUUGCCAUGAACUGGGGCUCCCAAACGGACUGGACGAGAGUCAUCACGCAGGAGUGUCCUGUCAGCAUGCAGGAAACAUGUGAAUCAGGCUGCAUCCUCCCCAACUCGCUCUCCAUCCAAAUGCUGUGGGCUCGCCAGGGUCUCCUAGACCUCCCCCAGAAAUACAUCCUGGGGGGCAAAUACCUUUUCAAGUGUAAAAAAUUUAAGUGUCCUAUGACGUCCCCUAUCGCUCUAACCACUGAGGUGACGUUUGCCGACAUUACACUUUACCCAGAACCCCCCAGGGGCUCCCCUCAGCCUGACUGGAAGUUUGCAUUUGGUUUCUUCACCAGAGGCACGGCUGAGCUGGACGGGCACUUUAUUGUUAACAGCAGUGACGUUGAGAAGGUCACGUGGAGUUUAAUGCUGUUCACAAUAAUGUUACUAACAGGAUUAGAAUUCUUCACCAGGUAGUCGGAUUGCUACAGAGAAGCAGUUUGGGAUUUUUUUAAGUUUUGAGGGUUUCUUAUCUUGAGGAAAAUGUUGUAUAUGAAACUAUUUUCACUACGUGAUUUUAUUUUAUUUUACUUUUUUACAAUAUAAAGAGUUAUCCAUUUGAACAAAACAUUAAUUUAUUCUUUUGUGCAUUUGGAGGAAUAAAUACAUGGUUACAAGUCCUUUA